CUUCCUCCUUGUCAACUAAACUUCUUCACUCUCCACUCCAUAAUAUCAACUUCAUUGUACACAAUUUGAAAGAAUAAAUUAGACAUGUCUCCACAAACAUAAAGAAGAUUAGUUAUUUAAGAAAGAUAUAUUGCAAAUAACCCGGAAAAAUUAAUUAUAUGGGUGUGGGCGGGUACUCAUGGAUCGGGUUUACCUAAACCCAAACGCAACCCAACCCGAUGAAUAAUGUAGCGGGUUUAAACCCAAACCCGGUCCAAAACCCGUCAACACGGGUUUUACCCGCGUUGACCGGUUGAAUCGGGUGAGUACCCGUGGGUUUGGGUUUUGUUGCCAUUCCUACUCAGAAGGCAUGUUUGUCGAUUCAUGACCGUUAAGACGGCAUUUGUGGGGGAAUACUUCUACUCCUUCACCUAGAUUUCAGCUGGCCACUUCACUUCUUUCUAUAUAUAAUGCUUAAAUCUGAACAUGAAUUAUGUAUUCUGUCGUUCGUUAAUAUCAUCAUUUUUUGCGUACUUAUUUUGUUAGUUCGACCUGUCAAAAAUUAUUAAUUGGGGUGGUGGGCUCAUCAGUGUAAGGAGGUGGUUAAGUAACAUAUAUGGGUCUGUAUAAGAUUCAGAAUAACAUUUUCUCAACAAUUUGAGAGACCAAAUGGUUUAUGACAAGGUAUCAGAGGUCAGAGCUGGUUCCGCUACUGAGUUCAAGUUGGAUAAUUUAUCACAUGCAGCGGAUCAAAGCAAACAAUUGAAAUAUUUAUUAAUCAGAAAACCAAGAAAUAAACUAUAAAAUAUGAUAAAUGUAGUUAAGAUAUCUCAAAUUAGUCAUGUAUAAAACCAUGGCAAAUUGAUGAGAAGAGAAGGAGAAGACGACUUAGGAAAGAUAGGUAUAAUUUCUAGUCGAACGAGAAGAUAAGGGUAAAUGAGGAAUGAUAAAAAAAAAUGCAAAUUGAGAAAGAAUGGACAAAUCGGUACCGGAUUUCAUAAUAGUUAAGGGGGCAAUUAAGCUAUUCUGAAAUCCGAUCAUUGAAGAAUUAUGAAAUUCGGCAUGCUAAAAGUCUCUCGUCCUGACAGCCUUUACCAAACGAGUAAUUCGAGCAAAAUUCCGCGGAACAAAUUAUUUGGGAAAAAUCCUGCAUCCAAAUUCCUCUUACACAAAUCCCAAAUUGAACGUAGUGUAUCAACUGAUAUAUAUAUAUAAGAGUGAAAUAAGUUUAUAUUACAAGAGAGAAAACAAAAAGCACACAUAAGAAGAAAAGGGCGCCAGAAACCAGCGUCACCAACCAAAGACAGAGGCGACAGCUGAACAACGAAAACAACAAAGACGAACACCAGAAGAAGAAAAACACAGUGCUUCACGCAAGAACCAGCACCCUCAGCCGCUAGACAUCAAGAAUAUGGGUGCUGCGGGGGAUCAUUACUCGCCCCAACGGGAAAACUUCUCGGAAGAACCCUGAAAAUAAGGUGCUGAAACCACUAAUCAGCAACCAACCUGUCCACUCUUUUAACCACAAUCAACCAAUCAGCAAUCUCUUUGCCAAUGCCAACCCAAAACAUGUUCCGGAGUCGUCUUCUUGUCUUUGAAUGUCCUAGCGUUUCUUUCGCGCCACAACCUCCAUCAAACUGAUAUAUAUUGUACUUGUACAUUAAUGAUAUAUGAGAUGUAGACUAUUUAUUGAAGGAAAAAUAUAAUCAUUCGAUGUGGUAUUAAAUUUGUUAGUGGUUGGAACCAGCUUUUAGUAUUUUGAAGAAUUGGCAUUGUUUAUCUUUUUCUCCUCUCAUAUGAUUCCAUGACUCAGAAUACUAAAUACAGUACGGAUCCUCCAUGAUUGACUUCAUGUUCCCCCGCUCCUUUCUUAGUCCAACCCUACUAAAUAAUGCCGAUAAAAGAAAAGUGUUCGAAUCGCCAUUUGCAAUUCAAUUUAUCUAUAAAAUCUUUUCACGUAGUGAUAGAAGGUAUGCCUCAAUUCUAUGAACAACGAUAGAUAAUUAUGAAUUGUGGAGUCUUUUUGGGGACACAUUUCCUCUAUUAAUAAUCUCAACUCCAUGUUCCACCAAAUAUAAGCUUUUGUUUGUUAAAGUUGAUGCUGAUCCAUUAUCGGCCUACAUAAUUUCGAUCAAAUUAUAUUGUUGUUCCAAAAGAAGACUUCAUUAUUAUUUGCUGAUCCUAUUAGUAUGUAUUCAACUAUUCUACAACCUAAAUGAUUGUCACUUACGUCGAAAUUUGAGGGGAAAAAAUUCAUGUACAUAUUGUUUUAGUGGUGUUUAGAUCUGUACUGAGUAUUGAGGAUAUAAUUCAAGGCUCCAUAACCAAUCUAAACUUAUCAACAAAAAAAAAAAAAAAAAUCAUUACCAACUAUAUAAUUCAAUCAUGGAGAUCUGUACUGAGUAUUGACGCGUGGCAUAAUGAAAGAAGAAAAAAGAUAAUAAAAACUAUAAUUCUUUGCAAUUUAUUAUUAUUAUUAUUAUUAUAAUAAAAAAUCAACGAGCUAGUUAGUAGUUAGAGUAUCUCCAUCAAUACAAUUGCAAAAGUAAUUGUAUUUGUGUUUUUUAUUGUCAACCCAAAAAUUUUGCAAUCCACAUCACAUUCAUUUCAUUCACCUACAUCAAUGCAAUUAACUUGCAAUUACAAAUAUAAUUAAAUAUUAUGUUUAAAUUAUAUAAAAUUAAGUAAAAGAGAAAAAAAAUAUAUAAAAUACAAAAUCGCCAUUUUUUAGGCUUUUUUUACUUGCAUAUUGAAUUUUAUUUGUUGUAAGCUUGCAAAUAUACAAUUAAUAGUCAUAUCAAUGCAAUAGGUUUUUGCAAUUGCAUAUAUCUAUAUCAUGUCAUUUUGCAAUUCAGAAUGCAAUACUAAUGUGGAUGCUCCGUACUUGUUGCUAUCCAGCCAAGCCGCACGUUUUUAGCACCAAGUCAGUUCCAUGGUUCACCAACUAUGAAGAAAGCAACGGCGUUCUUACUUACCACGUACACAGCCGUUGGAUCCACAUUCCACACUCUAUCCCUUCACAAUCGUUGGAUAAGUGUGAUGCCAAUCCUAUAAAUAUAAUGACAAGCAUUAAUUCAAAUUAGUUGCUGAGAUCGGUUCGAGUUUAGUUAUCAUAUAGUUUAGUUUAUAAUUUGUAAUUGUUCGUUAUCACGUUGCUUAAUAUUAAUUAGUAUUUGAGCAAUUUAUGAUUACAUAAUUUCUCUUUUAAUUUAUUAAAUGAGACAUAUUAGUACACGUGCUCAAAUUCUUAGAAUGGUGUGAUGUAUAAUUUAACCAUAUAUGAAUUAUCAACAAGUCAAUGAUUAAGUUAUUAAAUGAUUCGCUCAUAAGUUGAUACUAGCUAGUUGAGGACCUGAACUGGCUUCACUAGCCGUACCGUCGCACGCGCGAGCCAUCUCAAAACGAGCUAGCUAGCUCAACAAGCCACCAAAUCGAAUUGGCUCCUGUGAGCCCAAUAAACAAUUUUAGUCCAAACUCUGACUGGUUUGUAAAUGAGCCGAGUAUUAAACGACGAGUUGGCUCAUUUGCUUCCCUAAUACGCAGUAAAAGAAAAUUAUUGAUUGCCUCAUCUCCCAUACUCCAUGGCAGCACAGAAACAAGGUCACGAAGACAUCCAAGUCCAACUGCAAGUCAUUACACGUCCACCGGCCGACGACGGCCCAUCUCCGCAACCGCCCGGCCCACAGCAACAACAGCAACUCGUCGUCGUCCCCAAAGCCAAACAAAUCAAGUGGUGGCUAAAAGUCCUCACCUACGCAGCAAUCAUACUCACCUCCCAAACGGCCGUCGUUUUACUUGCAAGGCUCUACUUCGUCAAAGGCGGAGCCAGCAAGUGGCUCGUAACCACCGUCCAGCUCGCCGGCUUCCCUCUCCUCAUCCCUUACUACCUCUACCACCUCACCAGAAACCACGCCGUCGACGGUGGUGACCGGCGACAACCGCCUUCAAACUUGACACAUGGAGCUUUUUACACGAUCGUCGGGCUCCUCACCGGCGGGAGCACGUACCUCUACUCCACGGGGAUCGACUACCUCCCCGUCUCGACGUCGACGCUCAUCGCGUCGUCGCAGCUGGCGUUCAACGCCUUCUUCUCCUACUUCCUCAACUCCCAAAAGUUCACUCCCCUCGUCGUCAACUCGCUCUUCCUCCUCACCGUCUCCUCCGUCCUCCUCGUCUUCGCCGGGGACCCCGCCGCCGAUCCCAGGGGGAUCACCAGGGCCAAGUACACGGUCGGGUUCCUCUGCACCCUCGCCUCCGCGGCGGCGUCGGGGAUGUUCUUCUCCGUCUCCGAGUACGCCUUCAGGAAAGUUCUCAAGGUGCGGAGCCUGAAGGUGGUGAUGAACAUGCUGAUGUUUCAAGGGAUGGUGGCGAGCGGGAUCGGCGCGGUGGGGCUGUUGGCCAGCGGCGACUGGAAGGGACUCGGGAAGGAGAUGGAGAACUACGAGCUCGGGAAAGUUGGCUACGUGAUGACGUUGGUUUGGACCGGCGUGACGUGGGAGCUCUUCGCGGUGGCGACGAUGGCGUUGGUCUUCGAGGUGAGCUCCGUCUUCUCCAACGCCGUCGGCACCGUGGGGCUGCCGCUGGCGCCGAUCAUGGCGGUGGUGAUAUUCGACGACAGGAUGAGCGGUGUCAAGGCGGUGGCGAUGGUGCUGGCGCUCUGGGGCUUCCUUUCUUACCUCUGCCACCACUACUUGGACGGCCGCCGGGAGGAGAAUAAGGAACAGUUUGAUCACUAAUCCUGCAGUUAAUUACUGUGCUAAAUUGUUUUUACUUUCUUGGUAAUAAUAUGCUACGAAAAAAGACUAAGCAAGGCAUCGAAUUAGUGGAGAUAUGUUGGCCGCCAUUAUUGGAAAUGGAACGUCCACAUUAGUGGUGUCAUUAAUGUAAUGGAUGUCGUUUUAGGUGGGAUCUCUUGAAUAAUUAAUUAAUGGAUGUCGAAUUAGGUGGUCUCAAAAUAGAUUUGUUGGACUCAUUAAUCUAGCUCGAAGUCAUAAGUUUUUCCUUUCUGUAGCUAUUUAUAGAUAAUCAUUUGUCUAUUUUUUAUCCAAACCCUUUUCAAAUUCUUUUAUAUUAUUCAGAUCUAUCGAAAUACUGAAAAUUAGUCAAAUGUUAACUUUCAGUUAGCAAUUUUGUUAGUAAUAUGAGGCACAUUAAGGUCAACAUUGCAAAAUUUUAGUAUUUUAACUAAGAAAAGAGUUACAAAAUUAUUAACGAUAACUUAAAAAUGGCUAAUAUUUUGAUGCGUUACGAAAGAUUUGGUUAAUUAAUGGAAUUUUAAUAGGUUUAGAUUAUAUAAAAGAAUUUGAAAAAGGUUUGGAUAUAAAAUAGACAUUACGCUAAGGAUGGGUAAAAUAUCUGUAACCGUGGAUAUCCGCCCGAAUCCGGUCUAAUCGGGUAGGGUAAAACCCGAACCCGAAGGAAAUUUAGUGGGUACGGGUAAAUCCCAAACCCGAAUAUUGCGGAUAAUGGGCGGGCAUGGGUUUCUCACUAUCCAACCCGAACCCGCCCGAUUAUACACAUGCAUAUGUAUUUUUUGUCUAUAAAUAAUCAUAAUUUUUCUCUAACAUAUUUUAUAUUUAGCAUAUAAAUAUAAUAUUUUCAUGAAAUUGUGAUGUUUUAAUUAAUUUUCUUCAUUUUAGUGAAUUAUUGUCGUACUUUUUCUCUUACGUAAAGUGAGAUUACAUGUGAAUGUUAACAUAUUGGUUGGAGUUGUGAAGAGAAAUUAUUACCCAUGGAUAAUCGUGGAUACCCGAAAUCCAAACGGAUAUGGGUAUGAGCAUGAUUUUGAUUUUCUACCCAUUUCACAUAUGGAUAUGAGUAUGGAUAAAACCCGAACUACUUUAAGUAGGGUAACGUUCCGCCCCGACCCAUUAUCAUCCCUACAUUACCCUAAUCAUUUUCAAGCUGUCUUCCACUUCAGCUCCCCUGCACUGUUGUUCAUUUCUUGAUCACCAGACUUCCUUUCUUCGGCAACAAUACACAGAUAGCUCGAAUUACUCCAUACAUUUGAUUAAAUGGUAAACAAAAAGAAUAACCAUACUCCAUAAUGUGCGCCAUUAUUUGUAAAUGGAACCUCCACUUAACUAAUGGGGUCAAUUUAUUCCUUUCACUACUAAUGUGGGAAAAUUAUCAUUUGUAUUAGGUGGUCCAAUUUAUUCCUUCCACUCCUCGACGAAAGUUAAGGCAUAUUAUUUGUCGUCAAUGUUUUUAUUAUAAAUGGCUAACUUUUAAAAAGAAUAUAUAUAUAAUUUUAUAAUUGUAUUAAAAACCAUAUCUUCAAAAAAAAAAAAUCACAACACCAAACACAUCUCAAACUCCUAAAUUACAAUAAACUCAAACACCUGAUAUUCGCUGUAAAUUCAUUACGAUAAUCGGUUAAUGUACAAGCUGGACUGGUGUUUUCCCACGUUUAUAAAAAUGUAGGGGUAUAUAUAUUUAAUAAAGGGUGGCUUCUAGGGAACCCCGGGUGAAAUCCGGGGUAUCAUAUAUCUUGAGUAUGAAAAUUCUAUCUAGACCUCGAAUUAACAGAAUUUUUGGACCUAAUAUUGUACCAUAAUCCUUAAUGAGUGAACCCUAUGUACUAGUUAUCUAAAUCAUAAACUAUAAACUCUAAGAUGGUGCAUUCAUUUUUUGCCUAUAUUUGGGUGAAUCAUUACCGUCGAUUAUUGUUUCUAAUUAAAUUGAUCUUGGGGUAUAAGAUUUAGAGAAUUAAGGUCUAGAUUGUGA